AUAAUUUUUUCAAUCACAUCACCUGAGUGCAAGAUAUAUGUUUUAUCCUUUCUACUCUAUUUGGAAUUUUGCCAAUCGUUAAUUUCCCGUGCGGAUUUACCGGUAAAUUAAGUUAUUGAUAAGAAUAUAUUUCAGCAGACUUAUAGUUUCAAAAGUAAAUUUUUCACACAAUGUCAUCAAAUCAGCAAACAGCUGACAUAGCCUUGAUUGGCCUUGCAGUUAUGGGUCAAAAUCUUAUACUCAAUAUGAACGAUCAUGGCUUUGUAGUUUGUGCCUAUAAUCGAACUGUUGAUAAAGUUGAAAAGUUUUUGAAUAAUGAAGCCAAAGGAACAAAAGUGAUUGGUGCUCGUUCUAUUGAAGAAAUGGUUGCAAAACUAAAAAAGCCCAGAAGAAUUAUGCUUCUUGUUAAAGCCGGUGAUGCAGUUGAUGCAUUUAUCAAACAACUAGUUCCCUUACUUGAGCCUGGUGAUAUUAUUAUUGAUGGCGGAAACUCAGAAUAUACAGACUCUACCAGACGCUGCAAGUUUCUCAAAGAAAAAGGUUUACUCUUUGUUGGCUCUGGUGUUAGUGGCGGAGAAGAUGGUGCUAGAUAUGGACCUUCAUUAAUGCCUGGCGGCGCAAUAGAAGCUUGGCCCCACAUUAAAAAUAUUUUCCAAAGCAUAGCUGCCAAAGUAGAUGGAGAACCUUGUUGCGACUGGGUAGGAGAUGAAGGUUCUGGUCAUUUUGUAAAAAUGGUUCAUAAUGGUAUAGAAUAUGGUGAUAUGCAACUUAUUUGUGAAGCUUACCAUUUGUUGAAAGAUGCCCUUCGUCUUGACCAUGAUGAAAUGAGUAAAAUAUUUACAGAGUGGAACAAAGGUGAAUUGGACUCUUUCUUAAUUGAAAUCACGAGUGAUAUCCUAAAAUUUAAGAAAGACGGGGAACCAUUAGUUACUAAAAUAAGAGAUUCUGCUGGCCAGAAAGGUACUGGUAAAUGGACUGCCAUUUCUGCUUUAGAUUAUGGUCAACCUGUAACAUUAAUAGGUGAAGCAGUCUUUGCUAGAUGUCUGUCAUCCUUGAAAGAUGAAAGGGUUAAAGCCAGCAAAUAUUUGAAAGGUCCAGCUGGAGUUAAAUACCAAGGGAACAAAAAGGAAUUUAUUGAACACAUACGAAAGGCUUUGUAUGCGUCAAAAAUAGUAUCUUAUGCACAAGGUUUCAUGCUUCUUCGGGAAGCAGCAAAAGUAUUUAAUUGGAAAUUAAAUUAUGGUGCUAUCGCUUUGAUGUGGAGAGGUGGCUGCAUUAUUAGGAGUGUUUUCCUUGGAAAUAUCAAAGCUGCUUUUGAUAAAAAUCCUGAUUUGUCAAAUCUUCUAAUGGAUCAAUUUUUCUGUGAUGCAAUUGAUAAUUGCCAGGAAUCAUGGCGCCAUGUUGUGGCUACAGCUGUUACUCUGGGAAUCCCAACUCCUGCAUUUAGCACUGCUUUGGCUUUUUAUGAUGGAUUCCGGUCAGAAGUGUUACCAGCGAACCUCAUUCAGGCCCAAAGAGACUAUUUUGGUGCACACACAUAUGAACUUCUCAGUGACCCUGGAAAAUUCAUUCAUACUAAUUGGACGGGCCAUGGAGGAAAUGUUUCAUCAACUGCUUACAAUGCAUAAUCAAACUGUGUUUCGCUGAUCAAAGUUAUAUAUUUUUAUGCUGAUUAUUUGUUGCAAAUUAUGAUAUACAUUUGGAUAAUCUAUUUAUGCUAUUUGCAAUUUUGUUAUGUAAAAUAAAUGUUUUAUUGUUUGUUU